AUGCCUGGCGAAGCGCAGCACGAGCCUGUGCGGCUCACUGACGAGCAGCUGGCGAAGCAUGUGGAGCGUCUGACGAAUCGUCCGCAGCCACGCCCUAUCCAAGACCCGUUUCCCAUAUGUCCCUCUAUGAAGCUCUCACAGGCUGAGCUGGAUAACGUGACGCAACGCGUGUACUACCAGUAUCGUGAACGGCACGAGGCGGCGCUUGUUGAAGCUGCGGAAAAGGAGGAAAGAGAAGUUGGAUUUACCUCAAAGAAGUUGUCGAGUGAAGAAAUAGAUGAUUCUGUAAAACGGCUGUACUACGAAGCAAUCGAGCGACGGAAUGCCUCGCGCAAAGAGGCAGAGGGGCGUCUGUUAUUUAAGUCAACAAAAGAUGUUCCCCGUGUUCCACUGAAGCGUUUUGUGGAAGACAUGUAUGAAAAGGGCGUUCAACGUGAGAAGGACAAGCAGCAAAAGCUUUACGAAAAGUACAUCUUGUCGACUGAAAUUAAGACAUCUUGA